CGGAUCCUCCUGUUACAAUAGCAGAUCCGUCAAAGGCACCUGAUGUUGCUGUCAGAGGGAACACACUGGUGCUCACAAAAACGAUAGAUUAUGAGAAUCUGAUGACACCUGUAAUAUUAUUCACAUUGAACUGUGGAAAGCUGCAGGAACAACUGCCAUUAAUUAUUGAGAUCCUCAAUGUGAAUGACAAUACUCCCAAGUUCCCCCAAAAGGUAUUGAAUUACAACAUUAAUGAGUUAUUCCCUGUUAAUAAAACCUGGAAAACAGUGACAGCAAAUGAUCCUGAUAAUGACCAAAUUUACUACCGUUUGGAUCCAAACACAGAUGGAGCAAAAUACUUCAAGUUGAAGACCCAAAAUACACCCGAGCUUAUUCUCAAAAAGCCAAUAGAUUAUGAGAAGACCAAGAGCUUACAACUGAUUUUAUUUGCAAUGGGAAGUCCAAAUGAUCCUCCGGCUGAUACAGUGACCAUUAAUAUUAUUGUUUUGGAUCAAGAUAACAAGCCACCAGUGUUUGAACCCUGUUCUGAAAUUCUCGGUUCCACUGCCAGCAUCUGCCUUAAUGCAGUGUACACGGGAAAUAUCACGCAAGGCAAGAAUGAGACUGGUCCACUGCAGCUAAACCCUCAGCAGAUUCAAGCUGUUGAUGGUGAUAAAGGAAUCAAUACCUUGAUUCAAUACAGAAUGGUGGAUGAUCACGGAAAUACUUUUAAAAUUAACCAAAACACUGGGGAGAUAACCAUGAGUAAACCUGUAACCAGCCUAAAUCCGGUUGUACUGACAGUCAUGGCUUAUCAGGAGAAUGAUCACUACAAAUACUUCACGACCACUGUUACUCUCAAUGUUUUGAAAGUAAACAAAUGCCCACCACGGUUUACAAAGGUGGAGUAUUAUGGGAAUAUACGAGAAAACUCAGAACCUGAAAGUAUUGUCUUUGAACAAGGUUCAACCUCAAAACCUCUUACAAUUAAGGCUGAGGAUUGUGACUUUCCUGAUAAAAUAAAUCCUUCAAUAAAAUAUAAAAUUACACCAAGUAAUAAUUUCACCAUAAACAGAGAUGGAUUUAUCUUUACUAAGACUAAACUUGUUGCAUCCACCGAAUAUGAUCUAUCGAUAACAGCAACUGAUGACAAAUAUGGACAAAUUGCUACUACAAGACUCAAACUGCAAGUCACCAGCAGUGAUGUACCAAUCACGGUGACAACAAUAACCCAAGGAACCGGACCAACUAAACCCACAGGAACAGGGACAACAGCCACUGCGACAAGAACUCCAGAAAAGGCCACACCAACAGCAACAACAACUGUGAAAACGACCACAUCCGAUGGAAAUGGAACACGAAAACCACCAACUAAACCUCCUGGGACUAAGCCAACCAGCACUGGGCCAUCAACUCCAACAAAAGUCCCUCCUGGGCCCCCCCAAGGAUCCACAACAGCAAAACCCCCUGGACCCGGGCCAACAACCACCAAACCUCAUGUCUCUGGAUCUAUAACGACAAAUAAUCGUGAGCCUCCUGGGUCAACAACGCCAUCCAGGAAACCACCCGAUGGACCAGGAACAACAACAACAACACCUGUGAAAACGACCACAUCCAAUGGAAAUGGAACACGAAAACCACCAACUAAACCUCCUGGGACUAAGCCAACCAGCACUGGGCCAUCAACUCCAACAAAAGUCCCUCCUGGGCCCCCCCAAGGAUCCACAACAGCAAAACCCCCUGGACCCGGGCCAACAACCACCAAACCUCAUGUCUCUGGAUCUAUAACGACAAAUAAUCCUGAGCCUCCUGGGUCAACAACGCCAUCCAGGAAACCACCUGAUGGACCAGAAACAACAAGCUUACCAGCAGUAAACCCAAAGUUGAUGUAUGAAGCCAAACACAUGGCAGCCCUUGGAGUUCCAUUAGCCAUAUUGCUGAUUAUUUGUUUCAUCAUCAUUGGAAUUCUUCUCCACAAAAUCCACAUUGGGAAAAUGGAAUGGGAAAAAUUACAGAACGGAUCAGUGACAAAGUUUUCCAGAGGUUCACUUAAGUCAAACAGUGACAAGCUGCAACUUACAAAUGAAGGAUAUUUGGAGGAAGCAACAUCUGAAGGGACCAAAAAGUCAAGUUGGCCAAGGUGGAAGAAUCCUCCCAUCUUAGAAUCUGCUGGUCUGGCUGCUAUCCUCGAACCACCAAAGGAAAACAGCAAUCCAACAGAAUCUUCGGAAAUCCAAUCUGCCAUCAUAUCCCAAAGUACCAAUGCUCUCUCCACCAUCCAAGAAAAUGACAAAGCACGUCGCUCCUCAGAAGAGACUGAGAAUGACACAGAGGUUAAAUCCAUCCUCACCAAGGAGAGGAAGUCAGAUGAAGGCUACAAGUCAGUGUGGUUUAAGGAAGAUAUUGAACCAGAAGCAAAUGAAGAACGUGUAUUAGAGAGGCAUGAUGAAGAAGAAGAGGUAGAAGAAGGUUACCUUGAUCCGGAUGGCAACAACAAAGAUGAGUCUAUGGUACAACUGAAGUCAUAUGAUAAAUGUUCUAUCACCCUUUAGAUCCAUCAACAGCUGACUCACAAAAGCAGAAAAUAAGAAAUCAUAAUUAUUUUUGUAAAUUAAUGCACUGCAUGGGUUGAUUUCUAAAAGAUGUUUAGAAAUGCCCAGAGCUGGUAUCUGUGGAAUACUUUAGGCAUCUUAAAGAACAUGCUGCCCACUGCAAGCUCAUCUACAUUGUAUAAUCAAGGUGCCUGCAUGUGCCCACAUUUUAACCAAAACUCUCUUCACUCAAUCAUUCAAUGAAAGUGGCAUUGUAUCUCCAAUUUAAAUUCACAAGAAUAAUGAUUAUCUUCCAUUGCGUUAAAUCCAUAUUUCAAAAGAUCUGAAGUGUAAUUUUUUUAACUGCAAAUUCUGCACAUAAAAGUUUAACAAUAUCAGCUGAUUAGUUGCCAGUGAAUUCCCAAACUGAUCUCAUUGCCCAUAACCCUGCAUCAACCUCAAACAAAUCCCAUUGUCUCAGACUCUUCAUAGCCCUGUAUCAAUCCCAAAGGAAUCCUACUGCCCUGAAAUGUCAUUCAACUUGAAACUUUAACUCUGGUACUCUCUCCAUAGAUGCUACCAGACCAUUCUCUUUUGUUUACAGGAAGUCAUUGACUUUAAUGCCCAUCCCUAAUCAACAAUUAAUUGGUAAGCAGCAAUCUUUAGGAUCAGGAUUUUGAUCCAAUGACACCGAUAUAGCUCCAAGUUGGUGAGUGACUUAGUAGGGAACUUGUAGGUGGUAGUGUUACCAUGUAUCUUUUACCAUUGUUCUUCUAGGUGGUAGAGGUUGUGGGUUUGGAACAUGAAAGAACCUAGAUGUGUUACUGCAGUGCAUAUUGUUGAUGGGAUAUAGUACUGACACAUUGUGUUAAUGGUGAAGGAAGUGAAUGUCGAAGGUGGUGAAUGAAAUUCCAAUCAAAUGGGUUACUUUGUUCUGCAGGGUGUCAAGCAUCCUGAGUGUUGUUGGAGCUUCACUGCAAGUGGCGAAUAUUCCAUAAUACUCCUGACUUGUGUCUUGUAGAUGGUGGCUAGACUUUGGGGAGACAAGAGGUGAAUUACUCGCCACAAAAAUCCUACCUUCUGACCUGCUGUUUCAUCCAUGGAAUUUAUAUGGCUUGUUCAGUUCAGUUUCUGAUCAAUUAUAACUUCUAGAAUGUUAUUAGUAGGGAAUUAGCAAUGGUAACGUCAUUGAACAUCAAGGGGCGAUGGUUAGUUUCUCUCAUUUUAAAUGAUCAUUCCCUGGCACUUGUGUGACAUGAAUGUUACUUGUCACUUAUCCGCCCACACCCAGGUCUUGUUGCAUAUGGACACAGACUGCUUCAAUACCUGAGGAGUCACAAGUGAUAGUAAACACCAGGCAA